GUAGAGGCUUCACCAGAGGAGCAGACAGGCUCUUGUGAAGGUUCAAAUGCUGCUGUUAACAUGGAAAUUUCAGAAUCUGUUGUGGAAAAUGGAGAGACAGAAAUGUCCCCGGAAGAGUCAUGGGACCACAAAGAAGAAACAAGUGAAGUAGAGCUAGGAAGUGGUCCUGCAGGGGAUGCAGGGCCUUCUGAAGAAAGUGCUCAGGAAAUGAUGAUGGAAGAGGAGGAGGAAAUACCAAAACCGAAAUCUGUUGUAGCGCCGCCAGGUGCUCCUAAAAAAGAGCAUGUAAAUGUAGUAUUCAUUGGGCACGUAGAUGCUGGCAAGUCAACUAUUGGAGGACAAAUAAUGUAUUUGACAGGAAUGGUUGACAAAAGAACACUUGAAAAAUAUGAAAGAGAAGCUAAAGAAAAAAACAGAGAAACAUGGUACCUUUCAUGGGCCUUAGACACAAACCAAGAAGAACGAGACAAAGGUAAAACAGUAGAAGUGGGUCGUGCCUAUUUUGAAACUGAGAAGAAACACUUCACUAUUCUAGAUGCUCCUGGACAUAAGAGCUUUGUUCCAAAUAUGAUUGGUGGGGCUUCUCAAGCUGAUCUUGCUGUACUGGUUAUUUCUGCAAGAAAAGGAGAAUUUGAAACUGGAUUUGAGAAAGGUGGACAAACAAGAGAACAUGCCAUGUUAGCAAAAACAGCAGGCGUAAAACAUUUAAUAGUUCUUAUUAAUAAAAUGGAUGAUCCAACUGUAAACUGGAGUAAUGAAAGAUACGAGGAAUGUAAAGAGAAACUGGUGCCAUUUUUGAAGAAAGUUGGCUUCAAUCCCAAAAAGGAUAUUCAUUUCAUGCCCUGCUCAGGAUUGACUGGAGCAAACCUUAAAGAACAGUCAGAAUUCUGCCCUUGGUAUAUUGGAUUACCAUUUAUUCCAUACCUGGAUAAUUUGCCAAACUUCAACCGUUCAGUUGAUGGACCAAUCAGGCUGCCAAUUGUGGAUAAAUACAAGGAUAUGGGCACUGUGGUCCUUGGGAAGCUGGAGUCAGGCUCUAUUUGCAAAGGACAACAGCUUGUGAUGAUGCCAAACAAGCACAACGUGGAAGUUCUUGGAAUCCUUUCUGAUGAUGUUGAAACUGAUUCAGUAGCCCCAGGUGAAAAUUUAAAGAUCAGACUGAAGGGAAUUGAAGAGGAGGAGAUCCUUCCAGGCUUUAUUCUCUGUGAUCUCAACAACCUGUGUCAUUCUGGACGCACGUUUGAUGCCCAGAUAGUGAUAAUUGAGCACAAAUCCAUUAUCUGCCCAGGUUAUAAUGCUGUGCUGCACAUCCACACUUGUAUUGAAGAAGUUGAGAUAACAGCCUUAAUCUGCUUGGUAGACAAAAAAACAGGAGAAAAAAGUAAGACACGGCCCCGUUUUGUGAAACAAGAUCAAGUAUGCAUUGCCCGUUUAAGGACAGCAGGAACUAUCUGCCUUGAGACAUUCAAAGAUUUCCCUCAGAUGGGUCGCUUUACCUUAAGAGAUGAGGGUAAGACCAUUGCAAUUGGAAAAGUUCUGAAACUGGUUCCAGAAAAGGACUAAGCAUUUUUCUCAAUGACCCCGCACAAUACUGUGAGGAAAAUCGAUUCUGCAGAAGCCUACUUCACACCGCCUUCUUAUUUUCUGCCCAUUGAUAAACUUCUCCCCAUAUUUUGCAAAGACAAAUUUCACAGCAAAGGUCCACAUUAUGUCAGCUUUCUCAUAUUGAGAGCUCUGCUAUGCCACUGUUGAAUUUUCCCAAAAAGAAUUUUUUUUUCUCCCAAAUUCUGCUUCCUUGGAAAGAUUCGGCAAUAGCUUUGUAAGUGAUGUGGACAUAAUUGCCUAUAAUUAUGAAAAUCUAAAGGGUUUUUAAUGUUUAAUUUCCCCCAGCAUAUAUAUUAAGACCUCUUCUUUUUUCCAGGCAGAUCAUUCAGAGUGUGCGAGUGUGUGUGCACAUGUUACAAAGAUGACUACCAUGUUAAUAAACUAUUCAAUUUGAAAUC